AUGGACAGUUCAUCGCAUCCCUCAACGCCCAGCCAGCGGGCCAAUAACUCGACCUGGGACGUCAAACCCAUCAGCAAUCCCGCAAACGCACAGUGGCACCUGAGUCUAUCACCCAGCGACACCGUCAAGCUCCUCAACGGCUACGCGCCCAAGGGAAUGGAGGACCGCUGGAUGUCGUGCGCGGACGGCCCCGACGACAAGGGCAACUUCGUGGUCCACGUGUACCGGAGCUGGACGGGGCACGAGCAGUUCGAGAUCAAGGCCAAGCUUUCGGUCUCGGACGGCAAUUCCACGUCGUCCGAUGGGGGAGCGGCCGCGGACAUCACGGACAUAACGUGGGAGAAGGGCGCUGCCGGCCUGGUUUCGGAACAAGAGGCGAAGGACUUGGCGAGCACUGUUUUUAAACGGGUCAUAGGCUGCGAGCUGGAGUCUGCGUCGUAG